CAUCUUCUGCUCCCCAGAUCUAGUGGCCAAUAUAUACCAUACCCAUUCUAUUUGCCUUCUCCUUGUCCCCGUUUCACAUCACCACACAUGCAGCAACGACCCACCUGCACUAAUGUUCGCAUACGCUCCACUCGUGAUGCUCACAAAAUAUUCUAUGCAGUACAGCUGCGUAUGCUCCCAAUGAUAACGAGGCGCCUUGACGCCGACGAACGUCUCGCCUUGUGUUCAGGUUGUAUCUAUGCAUGGGAAGAAAGAGGCCCACACACUGAAAUCACAGGCUUGGGUAUAGAGCGUUUUACAGAGGGGCGUCGAUGGAGUCCCUCACGCGUCAGAGACGAAUUUCUCUUCUACUACGAGAAGUAUACUCCUCCAGCAGACGCUGGUCAUUCUGGGUCAUCUGAGAAACAGCCCCCUCGAGACUGGGAUCCGCUGGUAAAACAAACUUAUUCAGUUUGGGUUGAAACGGAUAAAGGUCGCCGCAAGUGGCACUUGACCGCAUACUUCACGCAGGCCACAGUCGAUGAGCUGGGCACCAUAGACAACAUACCAGGUGUCGCUGACCUUGUGGUGCCAGAAGGAACCUUCCAAAGCACCCGAGUUGGCAAAACUCGCAAGGGGGAAGACAGUCGCUCAAGAUCCGAUGUUUUGAAGUCAACGAACUCUACCGUAACCCGGACGUACGCACCGUUCCCUGCAUAUUCGAGCCAGUCUUCCCACUACCCUAAUUCGCCACAAUCACCAUAUGCUCAGUCGGAUGACCCGUACCGCUCAGGUCCGGGUCAGUCUUCGCAGCAGCUUCGUACGCCCAUAUCUGAAAUACCUCAGUAUUCGGUACCCCCACCACCCCCACCACCCUCUCUCCCUCCUCUUCGUCCUUCAUUUGAAGAUGACUACAAAUUCCGUCGUCCCUCGCUCCCCGCCAUACCCCCGCCAGAGCAUGGCUCAGCGUAUUAUGGCCGCAGAAGCUCUGCUGAUUAUUCCGUGUCUGGAACUAUUCCUCCCUUGGCCAGGACUCGUACAGACACAUCAUUGAAGCCCUUUGCUGAGUGUCAUACCUCCAGUGAUCAUGGGUCUUCUCCUGCGUUUGGAGCCAGCAUGAAUCACUCUCCUGCUUCGAGUAGCGCAAGUACACAUCGUGCAUCCGAGGACCUCUACUCCUCCAGGCCUUACUCGUGUUCGUUUAACGUCCGCCCAUCACGCUCGCCGCCAUCCUCUCCCUUAUGUCGCAUCCGACCACCAUCUACUGUUGGCAAUUUCCAGCCUGUCUCCCGAGUGACAGAUGAUGAUAAUAGAGAACCGACUCAGAGCGCAUUUUCGCUUGAUAACUCAGCCAACUUCCCUUCCCCUCAUAAUUCACCACCUAUCUCGCUUCCCCCUCCUGCGCAGCUUUUCCGGUCAGAGCCUACCCCACAAUACGAAGUGCCGCCUUCUGCAGAUUCAAGUAGCAUUGGACCGCAGCGUGUUGGCUUGGCACCCUUGCAUUCCUUGCAACGCAGCCACCCCUACAAACGAGACCCUAUGGACGACAGAGCCCUUCGGCUGCUAGGACCACGUUCCGGGUGACUAUUCGCUGGUUGCAUGCCGUCAGGCGAUAAGUGACAUGUCAUCGCAUCGCAUCACUGUCCGCUUGCGUCCAUCAUUUUUGCGUAA